AUGAGUUCUGUUUUUCCUUUUAAAAUUAUAUUUCAAAGCCCGCAAGAAGUCACAGACUUUGUUUCAAAUCUUUUAACAAAAGGAGUGACAGAUCAAAUAAUUAAAGAGAAUUGGCUGGCGAUUGCGAAUUUAUAUUUUAAAGUGGGAGAUACAGCUCAAGCUAAAACUUAUUUAGUUGAACUGUUGGCGCUUAAACCGUAUGAUAGCGAGGCUAACAAGGCAAUUGCUACAAUAUAUCGAUUUGAAAGAAAAUAUGAAAAAGCUUUAGAAUAUUACGAAAAUUGUGGAUAUGAUGGUAAAAAUUUACACUAUUUAUUUACUGUUAAGCUCAACUUGAUGCGUGUAUUGACUAGCGUCCUCGAUUCUUUAAUCAUUAAAGCUGCUGAAAUUUGUUUAAUACUUGCAAAGAAGACCAGACAAGAUAAGCAAAUCAAAAAAUAUGUGAAAAAGGCUUUAUAUUUUCUAAAACGAAAUGAAAAGACACUGCAAAAAACCGAUCAACGAAUUAUACAAUUAUAUGUUGAGGCAUAUACGAUUCUUGUUAACCAUGCAGAAAAACAAUUAGAAACGCGCGGCUGCUUGAAAUACCGUGUUGGUAAACCAAUUGCUCCGUACAUUGAAUGGAUCGAAGAUUCUAAAAACGAUUUGAUAACUAUUCAGGAGAAGUACAAGCAUCCAGAAUUGGACAUCAUUCUUAUGAGGGCUUUAUUAAAAAAACGCGAAUUUAAAAUUGUCAGAAAACAUAUAUUAAAGAGUCGUUAUCAUUUUUCCGAAAGUUGGGAAUGGAAUACUUUCAUCAAAGACACCUUUUGGGAGAUUUAUGUAACACAUUGGUCCGAUAAAUACAAGGAAAUACUAAAUACGCAGGAAUUAUUUUAUUCCUCAUAUGAUAAUUUGGUGCGAAUCGCAUUGGAAUCAAGGCAUGUAAAAUCUUGGGGGUUUAUCUCUCCUCCUCAUUGCGAAACGUCUCAAGAAUAUAUGUAUUAUGAGAAAAUAAAGGAAAAAUGGAAUCGGGAAUAUCAGUCCAAAAUUCACCGACAUGACGCAUUUUUUCAGUUAAUUCUCGCAAAUCUUGGGUUAUUCCAAUCAGAAAAAGCAAACGCUUUUCCAAAAGCACAAGAUUGUCUCCAUGCCGCAUAUACUAAAUUGAAAGACGCGCUAAGAUAUCGAAGGAAUUCAUUUAAUGACUCACCAGAGAAAUUUAAUCACUUUACUUACUUGAUGUGUCAACGUAUCAGCGAGGUCUCGGAACGUUUGUUUUCCUUGUUGUAUUGUUUUGAUUAUCGAUGGCUUAAUGUGAAAAGUGAUGCGCAACUAAUGUUGAGACCACAAAGCGAAUAUGAAGAUGAUGUGAUGCAAAGAUUUGUAUUACCGAGGCACAGCCAUUUAUUAAAAGUGUUGUGCAAGGAGUAUGACAGAAAUGCGAUUUCGGAAUACGAAGAAUUGAGAUGGGUUGUCGAAAAUGCUUUUCAAGUUGAUAUGAUUGCGCACCACUCACCAUACAAUUUAGAUAGUUUUUUGAUGGUAGCUGCUUGGUAUGUAGAAAAUGGACAAUUACGGGAUUGGCUUCGUUCUCUAUUUUCUAGACUUCAAGAAUAUUCAAAGGCACAAAAGGAUCUUGUUCAAGAUCAAGCCUUAUCACCAUUGAACAAAGAAAACUCUGGGUCAAGGGAACGAUUUUCUGAUGAAAGUACACCUACCUUGAUGGAUAUAGAGAAUUUCCUUAUAAUACUUCUGAUACAAAGACAUUAUUAUUGUGUCACCAAAUUUGAGAAAUUAAAUGCUAAAACUUUAGGUCAAAUAUUGGAUUUGGCUCACCAAAAAUCUUGGUCUCCAAAUGAAACGCAUCGUAAAUUCUGGCAUACAUUAUUAAGGCGGUACGGAAAGGAUGAUCCAGAUCAUGUUCCUUACAAUGUUGUAGAAAUGUCACGAGAGGAAUUUAUUCAAUGUUUGAGAGAAAUCCGGGGUAAUAUUAAGCCCAGAGAUUACGUGUAUACCAAGGAAAAAGAUGGAAGAUCCAUUUUGAGCUUACAGCGUGAUCUAUUUGGUAUAAUGGUUCAUUUAUUCAAGGAUAUGCAUGCUAGACAUCAUAAACAUAGAUAUAUCGAAGGAUUCAUAUACGCUGAUCUAUACGAAAAAUGGGAUCAAAUUAUGCAUGAUAACCUAAAUAAGUCAAAGACGACUAGAAACAGAAAAUUACGAUUUCUUAUUCUGGAUGAUAAAAUUAGUUAUCCUGGAUAUGGACAAUUUAACCCCGACUUUGACUAUGAAGGAGCCGAUGAAUUAUCUGAGUCGUUCACUUCCUAUUUUGCGGAAAAAAGUCAAAUUUGGGACACUUCAAUAGACGACGAAAUUUCGGAGUUAGAUCAGAUUUCAUAUUACGGGAUUUCUAUUUUACCGGAUAAUUUGGAAAUCUCCGUACCGCCGCCAAUUCCAGGAAAUGAGAAUGAGAUUAACGGUGGUCCUUCACGCUAUUCCCAGAAUGGAUUGAACAUUGAUAACGAAAGAGAGUCUUUAAGACAUAUCAAUAAAGGAAAGCAAAAUAUAAAGGACUCUUACACUUUACCAUUAUUUUCAGAUAAACCCUCUAAUGGUCAAUAUCUUUUCUCGCCAAUUAAUCAUUCUUUGGGACAAAGAUCAGUUGGAGAAACGGUUGAUAUUCCAGAUAUAGUAAAAGACAAUUCUGUUUCUUUCUCUGGAGACUUGGUGUUAUCAGACGACCAAAUCGAGAACGAAUAUCUCGACGAGGAUCAAGAAAAUGAAGACCAAUUUUUUGCAAAUGGCCAUUCCAAAGAAAAUACUCGAGAAACACAUGAGACAGAGGGACCUUUGUCGGAAGACGAAGAUGAUCAAGAUAAUAUUAUCGUGGAAAAACCAGAAUCCCAGAUUCAAUCCAAAGAAGUAAUAGAGAAUUUUCCCGAUAAAUCAAUUAAAUCUCCAAAUAUUGACGAUUCCUAUAAGCAUCAACAGAAUGAAGCUGACUUCCAAAAUGGUUAUCUUAAUGGAGAUUCAAACGACUGUAGCAGCGACAAUUCGGAGACAGAAAGCUCACUAUCACAUAAGACCUCAUCUUCGGAGACGGAAAGCUCGCUAUCAUUUAAUGCUCUAUCGGAUAGUGAAUUAUCUUUUUUGACCAUAGACCAAGAUCAAAGUUUGGGCGAUGAAUGGAAUACAAGUGUGAUUGAACCUUCAACAGACGCGAUUAUUAAGAAUCACAAUGAAGAAUUUGAUCAAAAAGUGCCUAGUUUGGAAGAAAGUUUUCUUGAAUCCGACAUUAUAGAUUCAGAAAUAUUGGAACAAGAUGAUGAUCAUGAACAUGAAAAAAAUCAAGAACUUGAGCACUAUGAUGAACUGAUUUCGUCCAAUAUAAGUAAUGAAGCAUCAAGGAACUUAAACGAAAAUGUUUCAAAAAUCAAAAUUGUGAAUGGGGAUACACGAGAAUCACAAGAUUUAGAAUCUUUGAGUUCUAAUGAAAGUAUCGAUCUUAAACUUGAUGGUCUACCAAUUAGUAAUGGUGAAAAAGAGGCACAGAUAGCUUAA